CCGGAAGCGGCCGAGCGACGAGGGGACGUCGCGUCGCCGGGUCUCGAGCAGCUGCCGCGGAGCCGCCGGACGGACCGCCGGACCUGCCCGCCCGCCAUGGCCGAGAGCGACUGGGACACGGUGACGGUGCUGCGCAAGAAGGGCCCCACGGCCGCCCAGGCCAAGUCCAAGCAGGCCAUCCUCGCAGCUCAGAGACGAGGAGAAGAUGUGGAGACUUCCAAGAAGUGGGCUGCUGGCCAGAACAAGCAGCACUCAAUCACCAAGAACACGGCCAAGCUGGACAGGGAGACCGAGGAGCUGCAUCACGACCGGGUGACCCUGGAGGUGGGCAAGGUGAUCCAGCAGGGCCGGCAGAGCAAGGGGCUGACUCAGAAGGACUUGGCCACGAAAAUCAACGAAAAGCCGCAGGUCAUUGCAGACUAUGAAAGUGGACGGGCCAUUCCGAAUAACCAGGUCCUGGGCAAAAUCGAGAGAGCUAUCGGCCUGAAGCUCCGGGGGAAGGAUAUCGGAAAGCCGAUUGAGAAGGGACCCAGGGCGAAAUGAGCACAAAGCCUCGAAAUCAGUGCGUCCGGCUGAUCUCGCCUGGCUGGUUCCCCUUGACCACCGGCGCCGGCGUGGGUCUCUUCACGUGGCCGAGCGGCACGCGGGGCGUCAGCCCUGCCCGGGACCCCCCUCUACCCUGCUGUCAAACAAAACCUUGCAAAGUAUUGCUUCUCCUGAUUUUUUUCCCUUCCCAUCCCUGGUGUCUGCUCAGCCUCGGGGUGCCCUCCCCCCGCCCCAGGGAGCUCCGAGCUGCCCGCCUCACGCGGGCGGGGCUGUGGCGUGGGGGGCCUGAUCCAGAAGGGAAGGUGUCCUCCAGUCAAGCUUUUAGAGAAGCUAAUAAAGUCUCUUGCUCUUCCU